GUUUAUAUCGUUUCCGAUCGUCUACUAGCUUCUUGUUUUCUAGCCAAAUCUCUGCUUCCGGAACAGUCAUCUUUCUAAACCCUCUGGCGAAUCACUCUCGUUCAACGUUACUGUGUUUAAGCUAUUGGUAUUGACUGUUGGAUUCUCUGGCUUUCUGACUGAUCUUUGAAUUGCAUUUCAGUUGUUGGAUCGUGUCGGUAACUUCCGUUGACUUUGUGGUUGGAUUUGGCAGAUUGUGAUUUGACUAUGGAAGAUUUGAUGAUCAGAUCAAAGGAAUUGAAAUUUUAAGUUUUAGGAGCAGAUUCUGGUUUUAUAUAUUGUAGGAGUCAUAAAGUUUGGAUUUUGAGAGUUGGGGUUCUCAAAUUGGAUCUCUCAGAGCUGAGAAAAUGGAUUUAGAGUGAUCUGUGAUGAAUCCGUGCAUUGUUUUACCAAUUAUCCAUCUUUGAGGCUGUCAUUCAUCUUUUGUUGAUUAGUACAUUUAGGUUUUUAAGGGGUCUGUGGAUUGGUUUGGUUUCAAUGGAUAAGGCCCAUAGCCAUAAGGAUGUUAAUGAUGCUAAUGGAUAUAAAAAUAAGCUUUUAGACACAGUAGACUCUCCAGAAGGUGAAGAUCAGACUGAUGGAGAAGAGGACAGUGAGUCAAAUUCUUUGUUACCGCCCAAGAAAAGUGAGAUGUCGAGAAAGUCAGAUAAGACUCGGCGAAAAGUGCAGUGGAAUGAUAAAAAUGGGAAUAAUCUUGUAGAGGUUGUGGAAUUUGAGCCAAGUGAUGUUAGUGAUUCCGAAGAUGAGGACUCAGAUUCUUGCGUCUGUACCAUAAUGUAACACAGGCAACUGUUACAACUAAUCGGGAAAAGUCUGCUUCAUGAGUCGAUUAGAGCACUACCUUCAACCUGGAUUUUAUCAACUUUUAGUGCGAAUUUGCCCUGUUUCCACUUUGCCAUAAUGAGAAUCAACCAACCAUCUGAAGGCAGAGCAACGCAGUUUCCUCAUACUUGCUAUUCAUCAAAAUGACUCUCAAGCCCUUUCUUGAGCGGGUUUAUAUCUGUUUCUUUGCAAGCUGAUGAGAAUUACACAUGACAGACCAGAAUUGUAGCUGAAAAAGAUGGUGGCUGUCUUGCUUCCUUGGUGUUUUAAGUAUACAAUUCAGUUUUUUUAUGUUUGCUCCAUAUUUUGUGUGUACAAGAUGAAUGAUAUUCAAGAGAUAAACAGGCAAAAUGAUUAUGUUCAAUGAAUAAACUUUCACUUAAUCACAUUCGCCUAUUCCCUUACACACAAACCUCUCCACACCAUAUAAUAUAGGGAGAUUAGAGAC